UUUUAAGAUUAUCAGCAUGGUUUACGGAGUAGGAGGUGUUGACCGGCUUCGACUGGGAUCCGAAAUUUAGUAUCCGCCUGUUGGGCCAGGCACUCGGUUCGGUUCCGAAAGUUUUUCUCCGACUGCAUCUCAUCUUCCAUAAAUCUGGCUAAUUCAGGAAUCCGCGAACGAAGCAAAAAAUAGAGUCUUGUCUCCCGGGCCGGUUAAUUGCACAUGAUAAAAGAUUUAUAUACCUGAGCUCAAGUAGCUUUAUCAAAUAGUCGGUUGCUACUUUAUCGCAAUGAACACGGAUAUAAAAACUGUGGCUGUUUACCCGCCAACAGCUCUGGAGCUAACGACCGUCACUAAACCAGCCAACGGCAGUAACGAAGAUUACGAUCCCCACCAGCACCGCAAUGUCAGGAAUCCCACUACAAAUUGGCAGACCUUUGCCCACUUCCUCAAGGCAUCGGUGGGCACGGGGGUCCUGGCCAUGCCCAGCGCCUUCUCCCAUGCGGGAUACGUGAACGGCACCAUCCUGACGCUGAUCAUCGGCCUGCUGGCCCUGUACUGUCUGCAUAUUUUGAUCAAUUGCAUGUACAUUCUGUGCAAACGCCAAAAGGUCCCCUACGUUAGCUUCUCGGAGGCCAUGAACCUGGGCCUCAAACAGGGUCCACCCUGGCUUCGAUGCCUGGCCCCAGUGGCCAUACCCUUUGUGGAUGGCUUUCUGGCCUUUUACCACUUUGGCAUCUGCUGCGUCUACGUGGUUUUCAUCGCCGAAAGCAUCAAGCAGCUUGUGGAUGAGUAUUUGGUGGAAUGGGACGUCCGGAUCCACAUGUGCAUCAUCAUUCUGCCACUCUUACUGAUCUACAGCAUUAAGAACUUGAAACUACUGGCACCUUUCUCCAGUGCCGCUAACCUGUUAUUGUUUGUGGGCUUUGGCAUUAUUUUGUAUUACAUUUUCGAAGACCUGCCCCCUCUUAGCGAACGCAAGGCAUUUGUGACCUUCACGGAACUACCAACCUUUUUUGGAACCGUACUAUUCGCCCUUGAGGCUGUGGGAGUGAUCUUAGCCAUUGAGGAGAACAUGGCCACACCCAGGUCCUUCGUGGGCCCCUGCGGCAUCAUGAAUGCCGGAAUGUUCAUUGUCCUGGGCCUCUACAUACUCCUGGGAUUCUUUGGAUAUUGGAAGUAUGGUGAAGAGGCCAAAGGAAGCGUUACCCUCAAUAUACCCCAGUCGGAAAUUCCCGCUCAGGUGGUAAAGAUCUUCUUUGCCAUCACCACCUGGAUUUCGUAUGCUCUCCAAGGCUAUGUCACUGCCCAUAUCCUGUGGGACAAGUACUUGGUGAAGCACAUCAAAGACCCUAAGAAGCAUACCAUUUUUGAGCUGAUUUUCAGAGCUAUUAUUGUGUUGCUGACUUUUGCCUGUGCUAUAGCCAUUCCCGAUCUUUCGGUGUUCCUCUCCUUGGUGGGUUCCUUCUGCCUCUCGAUCCUGGGCCUGAUAUUCCCCGCUCUGCUCCAGAUCUGCGUCCAGUACACGGAAGGCUACGGACCCCUUCGGAUAAAGCUGAUCAUAAACAUCCUGCUGCUGUGUUUUGGAGUCUUUGGUGGAGUGGUGGGCACGUAUGUCAGUAUCCUGGACAUCAUUGAGGUCUACAGCUAAGCUUCGAAUUUAGGGCAGUGUAAUAAACUCAAAAUUAGUUUA